ACAUGUCAUAAAUGUUGACGUAUGUAUUUUUUUUGACUUUGACAACCUUCAAAAGAAAAUGUAAAUUGUUUGGAUGAUAGAGAAUAAAAUAAAAUGGAUUAUCUUCGAGACGGAUACGCGUCUUUUUCAACUGUUCUGUCCCAAUACGCUUCCCUAGUUCAAGCUUAUUUUUGGUACCUUUUUUUCGGAAGUAUCCUAUUUUAUUAUGUUUAUAACAAAUUCGUAAGGCCCUCGGUACAUUCUGCGUUUAGGAACUACGUAAAAUACAAGGACUACCGCAAGGAAAAGGAAUACGAAGCCAAAUAUCACAAGAAUCCCGAUCUGUUUUCUGCUAGACUUUCGGCUCAGCAAGAUCACGCUCAGAAACUACAAGAGAAAUAUAAUAAGCAAUUGCAAGAGCACGAAGCUAAAAUGCGUGAGAAAGCAGAACUUAAAAGACAGGAAGUUGAGAACCUUUUAAACCAAUCGGGUCAAGCUGGACACAGACUUGGUGGUCCUGAUGGCCAAUCAAGGACUUUGAGAUCUGAUUAUAACCCUUUAAUGGGUCCUGGAAGUCACUCAAAUUACAGACCGCCAAAACGAAGCAAGUGUGGAGGUGGCGGAUGUGGACGAUAAAAAAAAUAAUUAUAGAUUCCUAAUUUUUAUUUUAUAAUAAUAAUUACUUACAGACAUUCAUGAAAUGUAAUACAAAAUGCUCACACACACAUAAUAAAAAUGACUAAAUAUAAUUGUUUAAUAUUGGAUA